UUUAAGAGCGUAAAAAUCAGUAUCUCUCUUACGCCACUGGCACUUGAGUAUCUACGAUCUCAUUUACUUGCACAUAUGUAUGUAUUGCCGAUAAGCUGCUAACCCAGAGAUUGUGAAUUUUAUAACAAAACUAGCUAAACAGUACCAACGAAUGCGAAAGCAAGAGCGUGAUCGACAUUCAAUUUCAGUCAAAGACAACUACAUACGUAUGCAGACAACAAAGGUUGGCGCUCAAUCGCCAAGAAACCUAGUAGAGUACUACACGCUGGAAGAUUCGCACGAUAAAUUCCAACAAUUUAUUUCGAAAUACAAGAAAAUGAGUUCCAAAAAGCGGGUUUGUGUAAUAGGCGCCGGUAUGGCAGGACUAACGGCACUAAAGAAUACGCUGGAACACGAUAUGGAGGCAGUGGCGUAUGAACGGCACACAGCCGUUGGCGGUACAUGGAUUUAUAUGGAACGUAAGGCGGGUGAAAGUGAGGAAGACGUGCAUAGCAGCAUGUAUCAGGGAUUACACACAAAUCUGCCUAAGGAAUUGAUGGGCUUUCCAGACUAUGAUUUCGAUACGAAUAUAGAAAAGUCUUUUAUCAGCUCGGAACUCGUGUUGGAGUAUUUACAGAAUUAUGCAGAGCACUUUAAGUUAACGCCUUAUAUAAAAUUGGAACAUGAGAUAAUAAGAGUGCGACCACGUAGCGAAGGUUGGGAGGUUAUCGUUCACGAUCUCAAAAGCGAUAAGUAUUUUGUGGAAUUUUUCGAUUUUGUUCUUGUUUGCAAUGGACACUUCACGACACCCAUGUAUCCGGAUACCGAGGGCCUCGAUAGCUAUCAAGGCCAACGCUUGCACAGUCAUCUCUAUCGGACGCCCGAUAUUUUCAAAGGUCACAACGUACUGGUUGUUGGCGGUGGUCCGAGUGGCAUCGAUAUUGUACAUCACAUACACCAGCAUGCUGAGCACGUUUACUUCAGUCACCAUUUGGAGACUGAACCACGUACGGACUUCAUGCCGAACGUCACGCAAAAGACCGACAUUCAGCGUUUCACUACAGAUGGCGCCAUUUUCAAAGAUGAGAGCAACGCGUCCUUUUCAUUCGUGAUUUUCUGCACUGGCUAUAAGUACACCUUCCCCUUUCUGAGCGUUGACUGCGGUCUAAAUAUAGAUGUCAAUUGGGUGCAUCCACUCUACAAGCACUGUUUGAAUAUCAGUAAGCCUUCAAUGGCCAUCAUUGGCUUGCCAAAUCAAAUAUGUCCAGCUCAACUUUUUGACUUACAAGCACGCUUUGUGUUGUCGUACUUUUCGGGACACAAGGAGUUGCCUAGUCGUGCCGAUAUGCUAGCGGAAAUAGAGGCGGAUAUGCAGGAGCGCUGGGCGAAUGGUGUAUCGAAACGUGUGGCGCACAAAAUGGGCGUAAAACAGUUUGAUUACUACGAAGACUUGGCAGUUACGGCGGGCAUAACGAAACUCAAACCUGUGAUUGGCAAAAUGAUGAAAGCAUGUUCUAAAAAAUAUAUUUUGGAAUUGGAUACAUAUCGCCAAACACGCUUUAAAGUUGUGGAUGAUGAGAACUUCGUGCAAAUUGCCUAAUAAUGAAAUGAAAUGUAUAUAAUUAUAAAAAUGUUUGUAUGUUUUCCUUAACUAAGUCUUGGAUAGUGUCAUAUUUAGUAAAUUAAAUAAAAUAUAUACAAACUUAAUAAUGUUUUAAGGAUUUCCGAAGGCAAAAGCAAUCGUUAUAAUUCAA